AUUAGUCCUCAAAUAAAUGAAGAAUAGGUAAUUCCUGCGCGCCCAUUAUCACCUGGGAAACUUGGGUUAGUUUUGAAAUUCAGUCAAAAAAUUAUGAGGAUGGGAAGAAAGUGUAGGGUGGACUUUUUUUGGAAGUAUUUUGUCGUGCCUGGCGCAUGGAUUUCUCAGUCUAAAUAUUUGUAAUGUCGCCUUUUGCUAGCAUUUCAGCCAUGCAGAAUGUACGCCAUAAGAAUUACGUGUGAUGAAGUCUUUUCGACGGUUCAUGAAGAUUCGGUGUUAUUCUCUAAAUCACUCCUCGAAAAAACACGUGUGCUCAUCAGAAGAACCGCAAGUCGAUUAUCUAUGAUACCUUGUGGACUAGCACCGGCCGCGCUGCCAGUAACUUGGGGUGAGGAAUACUGGGGAUAGUUUUUUCCCAGUAUGGCAGCCAAAGUCGCUGGAAAUGUCAAAUGCGAUCAAGAAAUUAACUCCCGUCCGCAGGGCCAGCAAGCAACGAACAACACAAUGGACAACACCGUACAAGAGUAUAGGCCAACAUCUCACAAUACUGGUGGGGAGGGGACGAAUGGGCCUACUGACAGUCAAGGAACUGGUGUUAAUAAUGCCAUGAGUUCGGCUGGUCAACCGCCUGGAAAUAGUGGAACUGAGAUCGGGACAAAGACUGCAAGCAGUGUUGGAUCUGUGCCUGGUUCGAAUUCUGCUAUUCUCCAAGAUGGCCAUCAUGUUGGACAAAGUAGUAUGACUUCAAGCCACCAUCCUUCACAAAAUCAGAGUUUAGACCCGUAUGCAGGGCCCGGAGGAACCUUUCAAAAUAACAGCAGUAUGCACAACCAAUUAGUGGACAAUUCUGGUCAGAAAACAGCACAGAACAUGACAGGCAGUGAGGGCUUCAACGGCGGUUAUUAUGGGAAUCGAAAUGCUGGAUUCGGCAUGACAAACCAACAUGGCGGACACCAGACAGGAAACGGACCGCCGAACUCAGCAUUAAACAUGAACCUAGGUCCAAACCAGAACCAGAACAUGGCAAACAACCCGUACAAUCAAUACGAUGGACACUUGGGAUCCAGACAGGGAUAUUCCCCAAUGGUAAUGGGGUCUAGGUCGGGUCCAAACGCUCCUUCCAUGCCGCCCAAUUAUGGAUCGUCACACCAGCAGCAACCGAGACCGUACGGCAGCGACCGAAUUUCGAGCUCAGCACCAACCCUUUCUCAACUUCUUCAAGGCCAAAAGCACGUGCCAAACUAUUCAAGUAAUUACCCCAGUCCGGGUGAUAAUAUGGGCAAAGGGCUUGAUGGAGGAGGGUCACUUGGAAUGAUCUCAAAUCAAGGGUCAGGAACAUUCCACCAGUCGCCUCAAAAUUGGGGACAAAGAAGCAGCGGUAUGUCACAAGUCCAUACACAGUCGGCGAGUGGAGCAAACACCUAUGGCCCCAACAUGGGCAGAAAUCAGAUGGGAGUUGCUGCAGACAGUGGAGUCAACUCUGUGCCAAAACGUCCUUUCCCAAGUGUUCCCUACCAGCCGCAGAACCAGUUGAGCAGUAGGCAGUAUCCAGGCAUGGCUCAAUCCAUGUAUCCUGGAAGUCAUCUGGCAGGAUCUAGGAGCCACAAUGCCCAGAGUCAAGGGAGCAUGGGUAAUAAUAGUACAGUGUUCCCCCAACAGAUGCCCUCACAAUAUGGUCAGCAAGGCCAGGGCAUGGAGUACAUUGAGCAGCAAUCAUGGCAGCAGUCAUGGCAGCAACAGCCACCAUCAUCAUGGCAACAGCAUCAACAAGGGAUACAGUCACAGCAGCAGAUGUGGACCAACUCUCAUCCAACGUCUCAGCAUCAACCUCCAUCGUCAUCAGGUUACCAGCAGUCUCAACAGCCAACAUCAUCGUACAGUAGAGGGGGACAGCAGACCACACCCAGCAACAACAAAUCUGGAUCAACUUCUGAUGAAGUGAGUGUUGCUAACAGACCACCCAGUCUGCCUGAUCUCUCUGGUUCCUUGGAUGACUUGCCAACUGGAGCCGACUUCUCUCAGAAUAAUGUGGCUACAAGUUCCCAGAGCACUGAUUCCUACUCACAGUCAUCACAGUCCCCCCACAUGCAUCCUACGGUGUCAGCUUUAAGGCCUUCCCCUUCACCUGUUGGCUCACCAGCUAGUCACAUGUCACGCUCAUCACUUUCUCCUGCCAGUGUGCCAGGAGGAUCACUCACUCCUCAACCAACUUCCAUGCCACCACCUUCCAGCCAGUCAGAAACCAGUUCUCACAAUCAAAUGAGUCAGUCACCAGUAGGACAAGAUAGAGUUUUUAGCCAACCAAUGAUGUCGGCAGCAUCCCAGAUUGGAACCAAUCAAAUGCCACCACCCUAUGGAUCGCAGGGAACCCCUAAGAGCCACCAUGGGCAGCAACAGUCAAGUCACCCUCCCAGUGCUCCCGGAGGGUCUCAGAUGUUCCCUGGAGUGGGUGUUGGUUACGCAGGAGGGGUUCCUGUAGGAUUCGGACCUAAUGUUAGCCAAUUAAAUCAGCAAGGGAACUAUCAAAGACAGGCUGGCAUGCAGGGACUUUGUGGACCACCUACAAGCUACCCUUCUCAUUCUACUGGUAAUGGUGGUAGCAACGUGUUUAUGGAUGGUCGUAUGCGCAAUACCAGCAGCAGUAGCAGUGUGUCAAGCAUGGAUGGAUUUAGCAACUCACAAUACCCAGGAUACAACUCAGGAAAUGUGCCCACAAAUAGUGGACCUGGAAUGAGUCCAUCUCAGGGCUCAACUGGAAUGAACUCCGGAAUUAAAAGUCCAGGACUUGGAGCAACUAGUUAUGGCUAUAAUCAUCCUCAUAGAACAACAGAUCAGCAUAGUGUUGGACCAGCAAGUAGUAAUACAAGUGGAGGCAGUAGUGGAAUGGGCAGUCCAGGGUUGGGUACAGGUGCUACGGGUAUACCCGGAGCCUCGAGUGAAGCAAGUAUUGCUGGUGGAUCAACAUCCCCGGGAAUAUCAAACUCAACACCUAGCAAUCUUGCAACAGGAAAUAAAGGAGCCCAGGCUGCUGCAGAAGCUGCUGUCAUUGCUGCUGCAAACAUGGCAUCAGCUAAAACAGCAUAUCACCGAACACUUGGCAGUCAGAAUCAGGGACGGCAGCAACCUCAACCUUUCCCACCACCCUACCAACAACAGCAGCAGCAGCAGCCACAACAGCAGUUACAGCAGCAUUGGCCACAAGUGCCGCAUAAUCAGGGAUUUCCAAACUCAGCCUGUCCUAUGCCCAGUUCUUUACCAACUUCCAUGCCAAACUCUUUGACUAGUCCCAUGCCAUCUAGUUCUGUGGUUAAUUCCAUGCCCAAUUCCAUACCCAGUUCGAUGUAUGGAUCAGCACCUGGGCCCCUGACAAACUCCUUACCCUGUGCCAAUAUUCCUGGUACAUUACCACUGUUCUCCCAUGCUAAUUCCCAAAGGAACAAUUCCUUCAUGCCAACUGACAGCACAGGACAAGUGACGGCUACUAUGGCUAAUAGUCUACCUGGGUCUGUAGGAACAUCGGUGACACCAAGUAUAACAGCCCCAGUGUGCAUGCCUUCAGUAACUGCAAGUGGAUUAGGCAACAUGCUAGACACACCUAAGAACAGUCCAGCCAUGUCCAAGGAGGAUGCCAGAGCAGAUACACCGCAGUCACAAAAGACAGUCAAGCAGUCUGAAACAGCAUCUCGACCUUCAUCUCCACCCCUUGGCCUGCUUGGGGCAUCUCCUUUGGGUUCCCCGGGAGCCAUCAGCAAAUCUUCACAAGAGGAAAGUGCACCGAGUCCUUCCCCGAGUCUACUCAACAAGUUACCCGCUAGCCCUGCAAACAAACCUCCCAAACGGUCCACUUCCACCAAGCCUUCGGUGCAUGAACAGCUGAUGAAGUUGUACGACCUAUGUGACCAUCCAGACCGCAAACCUUUCUUAGACGCUGUGUUUAGACUGAUGGAAGAUCGGGGUCAACCUAUACGAACUAUGCCACAGAUAAGCACACAUACAUUGGAUUUAUUCAAGCUGUACCAUGCAGUCAAAGAGAGAGGAGGCGUGGUCAAGGUUUCUAAGAACAAGCAGUGGAAGCAAAUUGCCAUGUAUUUGACAGUUGGCAGCUCCAAUAGUGCUGCUUUCACCCUGAAGAAAAAUUACAUCCGAUACCUUCUACCAUUUGAGUGCUUCCAUGAUAGGGGUGGGGUGGACCCACAGGUGAUCAUGGCUGAGAUUGAUACAAGUAAAAAGAAAAGUAGUAGUAGUAGUGCCAACACUAGCAGCAGUGAUUCGUCACAUCACCACACACCUGCAAACCCGGUACUGGAUAACAUACCAGGUCCAGGACCACAGGACUUCCAUGGUGGCCCACGUGACAUGUAUCAACAACGCCCUCAUCCAGGAGGUAAACCCAUGAACCAGAUGCACCCGUUCCCUCAGCCCAUGCAUAACAAUAUAGGUCGUGGUAUGUCACCUAUGCCUAAUAACAUGAUGCCGAUGUCUAAUGAUACCACCAGCAAUAGUGUGACGGUGCGAGACCCUUUUUCAGAUGCUGAUUUGCAAUCAUCAGGUACUUUUCAAGGUGUUCGACCAGGCCAAGGGUCUUUCCCACAAGGAAUGGCUCAAAAUUCAGUUGAUGGGACGUACGUCGCUGGCAUGAGUCAGUAUCGUAACAACACAAUGGGAGCUGGAGGAGAUGCAUUUAAUAACAUGGCUACCCACCCACCUACCAGUGGACAUCCCACUGGGGAACCUUUUCCUAGUGGAAUGCGGAACAAUACCAUGCCUGGCAAUGAUCCGUAUACAUCAGGUAGAAGAGACUCCGUGCCUGUGCCUGAUGGCUUCAAUAGAAGGACUACUAAUAUGCCUGGUGCUGAGCCUUUUCCUGUCAAUAAUCGUGCAGCUGGAAUGCCAAUGAGUCAGGGAAACACUGGGCAGUUCCCUUAUGGUCCACCUUAUGAAAGGGAAAGGUUUGAUCAGCAAAGACCACGUGUGGCUGCUAGUCCCAGUCAACCUGUUCAGCAAGGCAAUACUGGCAUUAUCCCACCCUAUCCAAACAAUUCCAUGGACCAAAACAUGUAUUCGUCUCGCUUCAGCCAGCAGCAUAGCAGCUCCCGACCAGCCACACCAAGUGACUCCUUUGGCUCCACUACACUUCCAAAUCAGCAAAAAACCCCUCAUGCUACUGGCUUACCUGCAGAUCAGAUGAGGCAACAGUUCCCACAGAAAAGACCUGGUGAGAUGUAUGGGCCAACAUCUAAGAGACAAGACAUGAUGACUCCUACGUCAGUCAUCUCUAGAGCUGAUGAUGCCUACCGAGGGAUAACAUCAUCCUUUGGCCAACAAGGUCCAUAUCCACAGGGUGCAUUUCCAGGAGACAGGCCCAUGACUAAUCAAGGCGGAUAUUCUCCUGGCUUCAGAGAAGGCAGACCUCCCCAAGGACCUGCUCCUGCACCCCAACAAGGUGGUAAGCAUGAGCUUGGAGGUAGUGGAGGAGGGUUUAUGCCUGAAGCGUAUGGGAUUAGAGAUAGAAGCCUACCAGGAGCAGGACCAUCCCCUUCAUGGGGCAGCGUACAACAACGACAGCCAGCUCCUCCCUAUACGAACACUUCCCUGGGACCACAUCCAUUUGUGAGCCAAGCUGGUCCACCUAGAACCCUCCAACAGGCAUUAAUGGCAGCACAUCGGGAUCGACACCCUCCUAGUAAGAUGAUGAAGUCAUCCCCACCUCAAAUCCACACUACCUCACCACAGAAGAAGGACAUUGUGUUUCCACCAGAUUCUGUGGAGGCUUCCCAGCCAGCACUAAACAAACCAAAGAAGAAAACCAGCCGAGAUAUUGGCACCAUUGAAGCAUGGAAGUUGAUGAUGGCACUGAAGUCAGGACUCUUAGCAGAAAGCACUUGGGCUCUGGAAGUCCUCAACAUCCUUCUCUAUGAUAACAAUACCAUUGUUUACUUUGACUUGGGACAGUUGAAAGGCCUUCUGGAGAUCCUUGUAGACCACUACCGGGCAAGCCUUAUCGAGGUGUUUGGAACUUUGAACGAUGUGGAGGUUAGAACUCGCAGAGAAGUUUCUGAUUGUGGGAGUAGAGACUUUCCUCAAGAUUGUGUGUGCAGAAGUAACCCACAAAGCACUGUGAAAUAUCAUGAUAAAUCAGAGGAAGAGUUGAUUCAGGAAGCAUUGAACAUGUUUGAUGUUGAGAAACUAAGAGGAGCAGACAAAAAGAAGCUAAUCAGGCUAGAGCAGAACUCUGAUGGGUUCUAUUCCAGCGAAAAAGAGUGGGAUUAUCAUGAAGGCUUCAAGAGUAACCAGCUACAUUGGCAGUGUGGUGGUGGUGAUAUGACAAAGCAUAUAGUACAUGUAUUUGAAAGUGACGGAAUUCUUAAGAAGAUCCUGAAACGUCAGGCCCGCAGAAGGAAAGCUGAAAGAGCCAAGAUUGUGAAAAUGGUAAACAAGGCCAAAAGGAUGGAGGAGAACAAUCACCUAGAGGCAGAAGAGAAUUACCAGAGUAAUGACAGCAUGGAGAAUGUGGAAGAUUGCCCUAAAGCAGAUGAUGAAUGUAUCAAGGAGGACCAAGAAGAAAAGAAUGAAGGUGGAGAAGAUGGAAAGGAUGAGGAAGAACUUGAAGAAAACACAAAGGAAGAGGAGGAAGAUCAAGAGACUGUGUACAAUGGGAGGAAUGAUACUGAUGAUGACACAUGGUUGCAAUCUUGCAGUGAAGAACUUCGUGCUGCAAAGAAAAGCUCAGAUAUUAUUGCCUUGUAUAAAGGAGACCUAGCACAUCCUACCUGUUCUCCCCUAGAAGAUGAAGGAACUUGUAAUGAUCACACUGCUCUGGUCACGACCACAGAUGCUCAACGUUCACUCACUCAACGAUGCAUCACAAUAUCUAACAUCAUCAGAAGCCUGUCAUUCAUCCCUGGCAAUGACGUGGAACUAUCCAAGCAUGCAGGUGUACUUGUAGUGAUGGGAAGAAUACUGUUGUUGCAUCAUAGACAUGCGGAACGCAAGCAAUUACCACAAACAUAUGAUAGAGAAGACCACGAUGAUUUGGACACUGACUGUCCGAUCACUGAUAAGGACACAUGGUGGUGGCAUUGCUUGAACUGUUUGCGUGAGAACACCUUAGUGACUCUGACUAACAUAUCUGGGCAAUUGGAUCUGUCUGCAUUUGUUGAGCGUGUGAGUUUACCAAUUCUAGAUGGGCUGCUUCACUGGGCUAUUUGCCUCUCUGCUUGUGCGGUGGAUCCAUUCCCAACACUUCCUGCCACAUCCCCCCUCACACCCAAACGUAUUGCCGUUGAGGCCCUGUCAAAGCUAAGUAUACAGGAAAACAAUGUGGACAUGAUUUUGGCCACUCCACCAUUCCAUCGUUUAGAGAAGCUUUUUGCCACCUUGACACAAUAUCUCAGUGACCGCAAGGAGCCUGUGAUGCGGGAAUUUGCAAUAGUACUUUUAUCGAGCAUUGCCCAGGGUGAUCCCAGUGCUAGUCGGGCCAUUGCAUCUCAGAACUCUAGUAUCUCUUUCCUGCUAUGUUACCUUGAAGACUCGGAGUAUGCCAAGUCCUUGGAGAGUGGAAGUAAUGCAAAGCAGCUGAGCCAGAACCCAGACAUCCAGCCAGCAAGCCCAGACAUGAUGCGCAGAACAGCUAUCCUUUUGGCAGCAUUGGCCAAGGUAGCUGACAAUAAACCAUUGUUUCUUCAACACCAACAUAGACUAUUGAAUCUUUCUAUGUCACCCAUGGUGACAGACUCAGUCAAAGCACUGAUAGCUGAUGCCUUGUAUGAAAUCUCAUGAUCAUGAGGACCACUUAGAUGCAAAGAACGCACACUGCUGUUUUGAAAUGGAGUCAAACUCCAUAAACAUUGCUUGAAACUACUAUCUAAUGAGUCGAGCAAUAUUUAGUAUGCCCCGUAUUUGUUUGCAGUAAAGUACUGUACCAUCCAUGUAGCCCUUAAUGCUGUUGGAUUCUUUAUUGCAAAUUUCACAAGAUGUUCUUGGGCCCCCAUAAUUCUUACAAAGAAAAGGAGGGAUAUGGUUUCCUCCAGUAGUGAACUAAGUUGGCAUUACAAUUCUCAAAUUUCAAUUAUUUGAAUCAAGGUCUAUGAAUUUCAGAUCAAGCUGAAUCACUUAUGUCAGUUUGUAGUUUUCGUGUUCAUCUGCGUAGAAUCGUAUUACUGGAUGUUCCUGUGAUUGUCAGGAUUUUUGAGUUAAUUAAAUGAAAGAGGAAGUUGAAGUCUUUCAUAACAGUAACCUUCUUAAAACAGGAUAGAAGAUAUUUUUCAUGCAAUCAGAAGCAAACAAAAAAUUUUAUUUUAAAGGAAGUGCUCACUAAAUGAUAAUUACACAUUGGCUUUAGUAAUGCAAAAGUAAUUGGGAGUAACUGAUUGUAGAUUCCUAAAGCAGUCAAAGUUCUUGAGAAUUGUUUAAUUAUUAAGCCAUGUGAACUUCAUUUAAAAAAAACCGAAAUUUUCUCUGGCAUCUGUACCUUGGCAGCAUCAUUGUUACAAUUUGUAAAGGGAACAUUUCUUGCCUUUUCUUUGGGGGGGGGUCAUCAAGUCGCUCUUAUUACACUGACAAGUUGUCCCGUAGCAUACCCCCAAAUGAUUUUACUGGACCCCCAAAUGAUGGUAUACUGCUGUAGUUGUUAACUUUAAUUAACUUUAAUUUACUCACAUGCUAUGUGGAUGAAAUUAAAGUUUAAUGCUUUUAGCAUUUGUGAGAUGAAAAAACACAACCCUCUUUUUCGAAGCUUUAGGAGGGCAUAACAGAUUUUUUUUAAGGAAACAAAAAUACAAACUUCAUUCACCCAUUUAUAGUCGUACGCAUUUGAUGGGCCUGGUAAGAUAAUUAAAACAUUGAGCAUAUUUGUGGAAUGUCCGUUUGUGAAAUUCUCAUAAAACGUUAACUUUUACAAAAACAACAGUACACGCAUAGCUGUUGGCCACUUCCUGUUGAACAAUUUAUGUAGAUGAGUACAGGUAUCAUUUUGCAGCACACCCUAGUGUGAAUGUAAUGAUACUAGAGCAUUAUGAAAGACGUCUAUUAAAUGGCCUUCCAAACAAAAAUGUCAUCUGCAUAAAAAGGGCCAAAAACAGCAAAAGAAUAGUGUUCUUUAUGUCUACAAGGUUUAUUUAAUGAUCCUUAUUUAUUGACAUGGAAAAGAUGUUUGAGAAAGGUGCAGAGUUGUCUUCCUUAAAAAAAAAGAAGAGGUGAAUUAGGAAUAGUACGAUGAAAGUGCAACCUGCAGGACAGUGGAUCAUUAGCAUACUUACCUCGCCUAUAGUCUCCUGUACAUUCAUCGCAUUGUAAUCAGUACUUUAACAUUUUUUUCUUUCAGUAAAGACACAGGAUGAAAACAGAUUGGGGUGUACUCCAUGGGUAAAUGUGGUGUUUAAGCUAAUGGUAUUUUGAGUUGUGAUUGGAAUUAUCUGGAUUUUUAAGGUGUUACCAUAGAGUGCGAGUUAUAACUCAUCAUUGAAGUCAGCAUGAAUGUAACUUUGAGAGCUUUUUGACAUAUUUUAUUUCAGUGUAAUGCUUCUGAGAUUUUUCUAAACCCUAAGAGCCUCAACUUUGUUUUAAAUAGUGGUAACUGAAAGAAUUGUAUGUUAAUGUGGGUAUGCAUAUUUCCUCAUUGUCAGGGCCCUUGCUCAUGCCCUGAGGGGUAAGUACAUGAUUCCAAGGGGAAAUAAAUUGGUGCUCAGUUAAUUUUGUGUAAAGAUGUUUCAUUUCCGGGGUUAAUCUGUCAGGUACACAGUCCUAGUGGAACAGAUGCCUGUCUCUAAAAAGUGAUAUAUAGAAAAAGACACUAAGGAUAGUCACUAAGGAUUUGAGAUUACAAGACAGGGAAGUUGUACCAAGGCAACCCAUGAUUGGCUUGAAUGUUAUUUGUACAGCUGUGAUAAGUGGGAUAUUAAAUGAUAACUUCCCAUGUGUAGUUUUGUAUAAAACAAAAACAGGAAAAAAUACAACUAUUAAAAUAUAUAAAUUGUAUUUGUGUCAAUUUUGUGGCCAAAUUACGGUCACAGAUAUUUAUGCUUGAAAAAUUUUCACAAAUUUUGUAUAUCUAUCUUGUAAUAAAUUCCGCACACACAAACGGCUUGAUUCCCACAAUUUCAACUUUGUGUGUGACCACAUUAUUGCAACUAUUUAUAACUUCGAAUGCCACUUGCUUUUCAAAUUUCCUGUUGGGGAAGUCCAAGCAUGCAAUGUUUCCUUCUUUGCUUGAUGACUUGUUUAAUAUCAAUGUGCAAGAAUUUUGUUUAGUUUUUGUCCAGCUUUUUGUACGUAUGAGACAAUACAAGGGGUUAUUUGGACCCCUGAUGUAUCUGUAUAAUUGAAGUAAUCCAGUUUAGAAAGCUUGGUGAACAUUUUCGAGGAAAACCAAGUUAUGCAUUUAAGUUGAAGAGAAAUGGAUGUAAAGUGAUCACCCAUUUGUCUUGCUUGGACUGUAGUUUCUUCAUAACGGUAGUUUUUCUAGAGCAUUAGGCUUAUCCAAUGUAAAGUGUCCUGAAAAUGGUUUAUAUACAAGUGUCUAUGAAAUAAAUUGUAAAUACAGAACAUGAA